CUGCCAGGUGUCACGCACAACGACGUUCCCCCCCCACGUCGUCGGGACUCCCCCAGAACAGCGGGUCCGUGACGUCAGACAGAUUAGGACAGACCUAACAGGACCCCCCCCCCUCUCUGCUGGCUGGCUGCGGGCUCCGAGGACACGACAGUCUGCGCUCACAGCCACCAGACACACAACUGCACUACUUUGUUGUUGUUUUUGGCGCUUUUCACGUCUCUUUUGGUCGUUCCACCCCGCCGGCGCGAAAUGGCGAAAGAAAACGGCGAGAACAACGACGAAUCCUGGAAGAAGCAUGUCGAUGACAUCAAGAAGAUAUUUGACUUCAAGGAAGUCCUUGGGACCGGUGCAUUUUCAGAAGUGGUGAUGGCUCGAAAGAAGGCCACAGGAAAGAUGGUCGCAAUAAAGUGCAUCCCUAAAAAAGCACUGAAGGGGAAGGAGACCAGCAUCGAAAAUGAGAUUGCUGUGCUCAGGAAGAUAAAGCACAAGAACAUCGUGGCUCUGGAGGACAUCUACGAGAGCUCCAACCACCUAUACCUCAUAAUGCAGCUGGUAUCUGGCGGUGAACUGUUUGAUCGCAUUGUAGAGAAAGGCUUCUACACUGAGAUGGACGCCAGCCGCCUCAUCCGACAGGUGCUGGACGCAGUAAACUAUCUUCACUCUAUGGGCAUAGUACACCGAGACCUCAAGCCUGAGAACCUGUUGUAUUUCAGUCCACACGAUGAGUCAAAAAUCAUGAUAAGUGACUUUGGGCUGUCUAAGAUGGAGGGGACAGGCGACGUGAUGGCCACCGCCUGUGGGACUCCAGGAUAUGUGGCUCCAGAGGUUUUAGCUCAGAAGCCGUACAGCAAAGCUGUGGACUGCUGGUCUAUUGGAGUCAUCGCAUAUAUUUUGCUUUGCGGUUACCCCCCUUUCUAUGAUGAGAAUGAUUCAAAGCUCUUUGAGCAGAUUCUCAAGGCAGACUACGAGUUUGAUGCACCAUAUUGGAAUGACAUAUCAGACUCUGCCAAAGACUUCAUCAGCUGCCUGAUGGAGAAGGAUCCAGAGAAGAGGUUCACAUGUGACCAGGCUCUGCAGCACCCCUGGAUUGCUGGAGACACGGCACUCUGCAAGAACAUACAUGAAUCUGUCAGCCGACAGAUGCGGAAAAACUUUGCUAAAAGCAAAUGGAGGCAAGCCUUUAACGCCACGGUUGUGAUCCGCCACAUGAGGCGUCUGCAGCUGGGUACCAGCUUUGGCGGCAGCAUUCACAGCAACAACUCUGUGUCCAACCCUCAGAGCCGGCCUCCAGCCAAGAGCCAGUCUGUGGACUGUGCCCCUCUCUCCCUGGACUGUCAUCCAAUCCCCCCUUUGCCCUCUCCUGUUAAAAUGUACAAUCCAGACUCCGAUGUCACGUCUCCUGUACGAGAAGAACCAGCCGUGCUGACAGAGGCAUCGCGGCCUCGACCCUCCACUGUCACCGUCAUCCACACAGGACUAAAUGACGCCAGGUUCCGCGGGAGGUGAGCUGGGAGACGACGGAGCUUUGAGAUGGGAUCUAUCAUCCCGCAUCUCAAGAUUUAAUGUUGUUGCCCAGUUUGCUCAUCCCGCUUCCUCCCACACCUUUCUGUCACUACGGGAGGAAUUUUAGGGAGCACUGGCCUGUGACUUUUACCACAGCUCAGAAUGGCGUCCCUAACAUCACUUGCACAAGGAAGCGCAGAGGAUGAGAGGCUUGGAACCGAAAGUUGUUAUGGUGGAAGUCACGUUGACCCUAGAUCCCGGGGCCGCUGGGGGGAAAAGGAGCAGCGUGUCCAGGAAGUGCCACACUAAAAGAACUCUUUGCUGAAGCUGCUGACUGUAACUGACUGGAGUUUGGCGCUCUACUAUACGCCUUGUGUAAAUAUUCUGCCUGGAUCUGUCGAGUGGAGUCCUGUUAUGCAAGUAAAAUGUAAGCUUCAAGCUGUGGUAAAUAAUUGUGACGUCGUCUGAACCGCUCGUCAUUUUAACCGAUCGUGCUAAUUUGCUGUGGUAUUGGCUGCAGUUUCUUGCAGGGUCCUAAUUGUACCAG